AUGACUGGGAGGAGGCAGCAGGGUUUGACGUGGUGUGGAGGAAGAGAGGAGCCUUCGGAGGAAGCAGCGCCGCAGCCGCCCGCCCGCUCCUCGGCGCGCAGGAAGCCGCCCUGCUCCGGGAGAGGGGCCGGCACCGGCACCGGCACCUGCCUGGCGUCGGGAGGGGUCGCGUGCCGUGAAGGGGGCUCUGGAAGGAAGCGGCGUGGAAAGGGACGCGUUUCUGCCCUGUCACUGAGCGGCCUGCUGCCAGAAGCCAGGUCCCAAGAUCCUGAAAAUGAUACUAGCAACUAUGAUCAGUUCAAUAACAUGGAUUUCCUUUGUACAAUGGAAAAUGAUGAAAAUGGGGAUGAGUUGUAUAUCUGUUCCAACCCAAGAGAAGCUUAUGCUAGAAUAGCUGGAUUAAUAGAAUAUGUGUUCAAAGAUCAUCAGGAGAACCAGCAGGAAGACACUUUUGCAGGGAACCUUACCUGGGAUGAACCUCAACUGGCUGUUGAAAACACUGAGAAAUUUACUGAUGUGAAGAUGCAGAAAAGUCACAAACGAACUGCCUUAGGCUCUGCAGAGAGUUGCUCUGAUGUUUCAGAACCCAAAUACAAGAAAAUUGGUGAGUUAUUGGAUGGAUAGGAAAUAAUCA